AUGGACGCGAAAGUGGAUGCGAGUGACGCGCCGAGCGCCGCGGCUGCGAUGAACCUUGGUGCGCAGGCCUUUGGCCAAAGUACUGCUGCGCCCUCGGCCAGUGCCGUUGCUGCGAGCACGCCUGCCCCCGAUGCGCCGGUCGCGAACACGCCUGCGGCGAGCACGCUCCCCGCGGGCGCCGCCCCCCCCCCGACCCGUGCGGACGGAGUGAAGUACGCGCCUGGUGGCAAGGUGCGCCUGACGAACUACCCUGCGAUCCGCAACGCGCUGCUGCCCUGUGAAGGCAACGGCACGUUUAGCAACGUGCAGCUUGCGCUGCUCAUUUUCUUCGGCCCUGCGGUGCUCCUGCGCCUGAUUCCCUUUGUGAAGGCCAGGUGGUUCGGCUGGACCUCGUACCUGUUCCUUGUUGCGCUGCUUGGUGUGCCGUUUGCCAUCCUGUACUGGACGCUGAUGAGCAUGUACGGCCCCCGCGUCAACGAAAAGGUCGAGCUGCCGAACCGCCCGAUCGAGUACUACCUGGACAUUAAGGACCCUGUGCUGCGCAAGCAGUACUCGGGCCACCGCAAGAUCCCCAUGGAGAUCUUUUACGAGGCGUACUUUGACCAAAAGAUUGACGUCAAGGGCGACCUCUGGGAGGUGCUCGAGUACCGCUGGGACUGGGCGGCGAUGCACUUUACGCCGAACCUGUUCAAGUACGUGCUGUUCAGCAUGCUUCCCGAUGUGCUGCUGCACUCCUCGCGCCAGGACGAGGAGCAGAUCCGCGACAACUACGACAGGGGCAACGACUUCCACGAGUGGUUCCUCGGCCCCCAGAUGAUCUACACCUCGGGCAUCAUCUCCGACAUCCACAAGGAGGAGUCGCUCGAGCAGCUGCAGGACAACAAGCUGGAGCUCGUCUGCUCGAAGCUCGACCUGAAGAAGGGCGACCGCGUGCUCGACAUUGGCUGCGGCUGGGGCACGCUCGCCGCGUUUGCCGCGAAGAACUACGGUGCGGACGUCACCGCGGUGACCCUCGCGCGCCACCAGGCCGAGUUUGGCAACGAGCGCAUCGCUGCCAACGGCCUGUCGAGCGACCAGGCGCGUGUGCUGUGCCUCGACUACCGCGACAUCCCGGUCAAGGAGGGCCACUACAACAAGAUCGUCUCGCUCGAGAUGGCCGAGCACGUCGGCAUCCGCCACUACUCCAAGUUCCUCGACAAUGUGUACAAUCUGCUGGACGACGACGGUGUGUUUGUGUUCCAGGUCGCGGGCCUGCGCCCCAGGUGGCAGUACUGGGACCUGAUCUGGGGCCUGUUUAUGAACAAGUACAUCUUCCCCGGCGCGGACGCCUCGUGCCCGCUGAACUGGGUGAUCAACAAGCUGGAGAAUGCGGGCUUCGAGGUGCGCUCGUGCGACGUUGCGGGCGUGCACUACUCUGCGACGAUCGACCGCUGGCUCAAGAACUGGAUCAAGAACGAGGCCAAGGUCAAGGCCAAGUACGGCGAAAAGAUGUGGCGCAUCUGGCUCUUUUUCCUCUCGAGCUCGAUCAUCAUCGCCCGCGAGGGCGGCUCGAGCGUGUUCCAGAUCACCGUGACCAAGAACCUCAACGCGACGCACCGCAUCGAGGGCGUCGAGUCGCACGGCAACCUGCUGCCGCGCCCCAACAAGGGCAAGACGUACCAGAGCGUGUACAAGUAG